UUUUAUUUACCGUUGUUUCAUUAAAAACACUUUGGCAAUACUGUAUAUACACAACAUGUGUGAGGCUACUAUAUCCAAUACCAAAGAACAAGAAUUUCAGCUUCUUAUGCCAUGCCCAUCUCUUCCGCAUUGGCUCAGAAAACAGUGCACUUAUCCUGCAUAAUUUAUUAGACCAGCUUUCUGGAACAUCGUACAUCCAGAAUAGCUUUCAACCCUAGCGCAAGUACAAUGAAAAAGAACAGAUGUAAGUGGCAUUUGGUAUCCCCCAAAACGCAUGUAAAACAUAGGUGCAUGUUCUAUUAAGGCAGAAAUCAGCAAGCUUCCUGCUUGUUACUGAAGGCAGUUGGUGAAGGUUUUUGAAAAGUAAGCUCAGCCUGCACAUAAUAGGAAGAGCAAAUGCAAUCACGGAUGUGGCUGCAGAACAGCCGUUAUACAUUGAGCUCUGCACUGUACCAAGCCAAUGUACACAGCCAUGAACCCUGAGGAACAGACCGUCACUUGGCUGAUCUCUCUGGGUGUGUUGAGUUCUCCCAAGAAAAACAUAAGCAAUCCUGCUGACUUCUUGAAAUGUUCCCUGAAAGACGGGGUGGUGCUCUGCAAACUUAUGAACCGCCUCCUUCCAGGGUCUGUAUUUAAGGUUAACCCAGAACCCAAAAGUGAAGAGGACUGCAUUGAAAACAUCAAAGGAUUUCUGACGGCAUGUACAGCACUACAGAUAGAGCUGUUUGAUCCAUUUGAUCUCUACACUGGGGAGAACUUCUCUAAAGUCCUAAACACUCUAUCUGCUGUUAACAGAGCAACUGAAAAUCCGACCUCAGGGAGACCAUGUUCAGGAAGAUUAUCUCAGUGCCAUAGCAUUCCAGUUUGUAUUCCGAAAAAUUCACAAGGAACAGAUUGUUCUACCAGAGUGCUGAAGAGGCAGUCAAAAACUCUGGACAUGACUGGAAAUGGCAGCUGCCAGUUAGUUGUGAAAGCCAGGUUUAACUUCAAUCAGGAAAAUGAAGAUGAGCUCUCUUUUUGUAAAGGGGAGACCAUCUACGUUACCAGAGUUGAAGAGGGGGGCUGGUGGGAAGGCACGCUAAAUGGAAAAACUGGAUGGUUUCCUAGUAAUUAUGUUAAGGAAUUUAAAUCCAAUGAUAAACCACUCUCCCCAAAAGCAGUGAAAGCAUGUGAAACGGCACAACUAACAAAAAAUUAUUAUACUGUGGUAGUGCAAAAUAUUCUGGAAACUGAGCGAAGCUACUCCAAAGAACUCCAGUUACUGCUUUCCACUUACCUCCGACCACUUCAAUCACAUGAUAAAAUAAGUGCUGUGGAUGUCAACUCAUUGCUUGGAAACUUUGAAGAAAUCUGCACAUUUCAACAAACACUAUGCCAGGCCUUAGAAGAAUGUGGAAAGCUACCAGAAAAUCAUCAGAAAGUUGGUGGCUGCCUUUUGAAUGUCUUCAAUCAGUUUAUGUCCUUAUACUUAUCCUAUUGCUCCAAUCAUCCUAUGGCCGUUCAUGUUCUCACACAGCAAAGUGAUGAACUUGGGACAUUUAUGGAGAACCAAGGAGCACCAAUACCAGGUAUUCUCAUGCUGACCACAAGCCUUAGUAAACCCUUCAUCAGACUAGAAAAAUAUGUCACCCUCUUACAAGAACUGGAAAGACACAUGGAGGAAGCACACCCAGAUCACAAAGAUGUUCUUAAAGCAACUGCAGCUUUCAAGACUCUUGUGGCCCAAUGCCAAGAUGUGCGCAAGAGAAAACAGCUGGAGCUGCAAAUUCUUUCAGAUCCCAUUCAGGGCUGGGAAGGAGAAGAUAUUAAAACUUUGGGUACCCUAGUCUUCAUGUCACAGGUUAUGGUACAAAGUGGAACAAAAGAGGAAAAAGAAGAACGAUAUUUCAUGUUGUUUCCAAAUGCACUGUUAAUGCUUUCUGCUAGCCCACGGAUGAGUGGAUUCAUUUAUCAGGGGAAAUUACCUUUAACUGGAAUGUCAGUUGUGAAAUUAGAAGAGAAUGACACCACCAAUCAUGGUUUUGAAAUUGCAGGUACAAUGAUAGAGAGGAUUGUUGUCUUCUGCAACAAUAACAACGACUGUCAUGAAUGGCUAGAGCACUUGCACCGUCUCACCAAAGGAACCCGUUCACAUGCCGUGCUGUGUAAGACACAGUCUCUGACACUGACUUCGCUUACCGAUAGAAAACAGAUCUCACCAUCUCACUACUCAUUACCUCCACGAGGAGCUUUGGAACCAGCUAAAAUCUAUAAAGCCUGGACCUUAAGUUGUCUACGUCCAGCUCCACCACUCAGACCUUCAUACGCACUAGGUUACAAAGAGAGGAUGUCUUAUAUCUUUAAGGAUUCCAGCAAAAGCCCAAAAAACGUGAAGAAGUUUCUUCCAAAACGAAAAACAGAAAGAAAGCCUUCAGAUGAUGAUUCUGGUUUCAGGAAAAGCACUGUUGCUUUAGAAGAAGAUGCACAAAUUCUCAAAGUGAUAGAGGCAUAUUGCACUGGUGCAGGAUUCCAGCAAAGCCAUUGUUCUGCAGGUUCACGUAAAGAUUCUGUUGCACAAGUGUUGCUACUUGAGGAAGAAAAUCUCAUAAUUAAUGAGCAGAGAACCAAUGGCCAAGCAGUUUCAGAAGAAAAGAGCCUUGUAGAUACAGUCUAUGCAUUACGAGAUGAAGUCAUGGAACUAAAACAGGAGAAUAAAAGAAUGAAACAAUCGUUGGACGAAGAACAGAAGUCACGAAAGGAACUAGAAAAGUUAGUUUGGAAGAUAAUGAAACAAGCCAAUGACUCCUCUCGGGAUGAUCCUUCCCAUUAGAGUCAAUGGUCAGAUUUGGUUUUCUAUGGACUGCAUCCCUAAUUUGUAUUCAUCUGAGAAAUGUUUCAGUCUGUCAUUGUCUAAAUGGUCAAUGGGACUCUGUGAAAAAUGUUUUAAGGAGCCUUUCAACAACUUAAAGCUGUGUUUUAUCUUCACUGAUAAGAGUUUUACAGACUUUGACAGUUUCGUGUACAUACAAAAUGCAUACCUACCAACUAUGAGCUAAAAGGAAAAGUGUUUGAUUACCAUUUUGAUUUCUCAGUAGGGCUUUCUUUGUGUGUGCUACUAUUCAUUUCUAAAUGGCACAACUUUAACAAAUUAGCACAAUUACCCCAGGUACUGCCUGGGUGCAAUAGACCAUAGCAACCAAUAACAUAUUUGCUUUUGAAACAGGUGAUUAAUACAUUCUACCUGGUGAUUGUUGCUAUAGGUGAUUAGACCUGUAGCAAAUGUUGCACCUUUUAUUACAUAACACCCAUAAUUAUGCAAAUACUGACCUGGAUAGGGGCAUAGCUUACUUAAAGGACCUGCUUGGAAUGGAUAGUUCUUUUUACUGCAUGUAAUCUGGUCAGUUUGGGGAAUAAGUUAAAAUAUCCUGAAUUUUAGACCACCAAUUUAAAAACCAAGGCAAGAGCAUUUAGGGACAUUUUCUGCUUUUGCCUGUUUAUCAGCUGACAAUCAUGAGGCAAACAUUGGCUUAAAAAACACAAAUAAUAUUUCUGAUUAGCCAUCAAUGUUAUUGUAAUGAGAUUGCUAAGAGUAGAGCAUCAAUUGGUAUAAUAAUAAUAAUAUUAUUUUCUUAAUAAGAGAUAUUACUUAUAGGUAUGUCAUAAAGUGAGACCAAAUAAAAUAGCAUGUAUUCAUUUAAAGGGGAACUCUGGCUUCCAAACCAAAAUUUGAUAAAGAGGACCACAUAACACUUAAACCCCUAAAAUAUCCAUCACAGUUACCUGUUUCUUCAAAAAGUAUGGAUUAAUGUCAUUUUCUAUGCUGAAAUCCAGCUGGUUAACAGUUCUUCUCAUUCUGCAUCAUU